UGCCCACUCUUCCCCACUCCUCCUCCACCGCCCACUCCCCUCCUCUUCAUUCACCUCUUUCUUUCUCUCUCUAAAACCCCCCAUUUCCAAAAGCUAAAAAAUUUGGGCAGCCAACAAAUUCCUCCCCUUUAUUUCCAAAUUUCAUCUCUUUUUUUCUUCUCUUUUCUUUAAUCAUAUUUCAUCAUGAAUGAUCCCUACUCAAAUUUCUACAUUAGAUGGUCUAAAUUCAACUCUUUCCACCAAUUUUCUCCUCCUCUACCUCCUUCAUCUUCUUCUUCAACAACUCCUCAUUCUUCUUCUUCUUCUUACCAUUUUUACAAUAAUUAUUUCAACACCAAUAUUACUAAUAAUAGUAAUAAUACUAGUACUACAAUAAUUCCAACCCCACCUUCUUCCCCUCCUUUGAGAGAAGCCCUUCCUCUUUUAAGCUUAUGCCCUUCUACCAUGGAUAUUAUUCAUGAGAAUAAUCCUAAUCAAAAUAAUAACAACAACAAUAACAAUAUUACGCCGAAACUCGGCAGAAGAAGCAGCAGCUUAGAAGAAGAAGAUGAUGAAGAUGAAGAAGAAACAGUGACAGUAGCUUUGCAUAUAGGGUUACCAAACCCUAGUGCAGCUGAUCUAGCUUCCAUUCUCUCUCCUCCUUCCAACUCCCAGAUUAGGGAAAAUAACAUUGCUAAAAAUAGUAAUAAUAAUGAUGUAAUUAAAGAUAAUGAAAAAGAUGAUGAAGAAGAAGAAACUGAAGAUUUUGGGCAUCCUUUGAUGAGCAGACUUAAUAAAGGCCAAUAUUGGAUCCCUACUCCUACUCAGAUUUUAAUUGGUCCCACUCAAUUUUCUUGCCCAGUUUGUUACAAGACCUUCAAUAGAUACAAUAACAUGCAGAUGCAUAUGUGGGGGCAUGGAUCGCAAUACAGGAAAGGGCCAGAGUCAUUAAGAGGCACCCAACCAACAGGAAUGUUAAGGCUACCAUGCUAUUGUUGUGCACCAGGAUGCAAGAACAACAUAGAUCACCCAAGAGCAAAGCCACUCAAGGAUUUCCGAACUUUGCAAACUCAUUACAAGAGAAAGCAUGGGAUUAAGCCCUUCAUGUGUAGGAAAUGUGGCAAGGCCUUCGCCGUACGAGGCGAUUGGAGGACUCAUGAGAAGAACUGUGGCAAACUCUGGUAUUGUAUUUGUGGUUCAGAUUUUAAGCACAAGAGAUCUCUUAAAGACCAUAUUAAGGCCUUUGGGCAUGGACACGCUGCAUACGGUGUAGAUGGUUUCGAGGAAGAAGAUGAGCCUGCAUCUGAAAUUGAACAUGAUCCUGAAGAUCAUCACUCAAGGAAACUGCACUAGCAGACUAGCUUUAUGAUAUAAUAAGUGCAUGUAUAUUUGGUUUAUUAAGUUAGUAAUCAUAAAGCUUAAGCUAUAUUUGAUGUGAUCUUUUAGAUUAUACACUGUAUAUUCAUUUUGGGUUUUAUAAAUGGGUAUAUCUCUAGCUCAUGAUGAAAGAUUAGACACUUUCUAGCAAUAUGAGCUUUUUGCAUCA